UUAAGAUAAAAAAAUUAAAGCAACUUAAUAUUUUGAUGAUGUAUAAUUGAAUUUCAUUUUAAUCGAAACGCGUACAUUAAUGUAAGCUAGAUCUCACCAGCAACUUCCCAAAAAUCACUCUCUAAAGAUAAAUUGAAAAUUUCCUUUUUGUUUGUUUUGUUUCACAAGACUGUUGAGAGUUGUUUGAGGAAUAAACCCUCCAAAAUUAGCAAAAAUGUAAAACCACUCGAAGCUUCAUCAUUCACAAUACAAAAUUCUGUUUCUUUUUAUCGUUCAUUGUUUCUUCUCAGAAGUUUCGGAGCCAGACAAAAGAAAAACAACGCAAUCGAUUAUGGUUUUUGGGCGUAAAUGAUAAAGACAUGAGAUGAUUCAUGAGUAUUAUAGUUUGCUUGUGGAGCAGGUUAUUCAGAUUUCUUGGGAAGCAAGUCUCUAACAUGUAUGCAAGAAGAGUAAGAGGGACCUCGGCGGACUAUGGCACAAUCACGGCGAUUGCCAUUGAUAAGGACAAGAACAGCCAACACGCCUUGAAAUGGGCCGUUGAAAAUAUCGUUGUUGAUACUCCACAAUGUGUCCUUCUCCACGUUCAACUGGGAAACACAGGAGGACAUUUUCAUCAGGACAAUCAGGACGAGGCGCAUCAAUUCUUUCUUCCUUUCAGAGGAUUCUGCGCUCGAAAAGGAAUCAUAGCAAAGGAGGUUAUUCUUCAUGAUAUUGACAUCUCCAAUGCUAUUGUCAACUACAUCACCAACAAUUAUUACAUUGCAAAUCUUGUUGUUGGCGCAUCUGCACGCAAUUCCUUCCUCAAGUCUCUCCUCUUCUCUGUUUCAUGCUUGGUACCAUUUCAACUUUGGUUACACAAAAUGCUAACAUUCAAAUCUUUCUUUGUGAUCAGAAAGUUUAAGAGUCCAGAUGUACCAACCACUCUGCUUACGACGACUCCAGAGACUUGUGCUGUCUUUGUUGUGACCAAAGGUAGGCUUUUAAAAAGCAGAUCCGCGAGUCACCCUCAUAAACUUUCCAGACAACAAAAUCUCUCUUCUUUGUUGUAUAACUCAACAAGCUCCGUUUCCAAUGACUCUGAUAGGGAAUCAUUAUCAUCACCUGUAUCUACACAAACCAACAAACCAAAUUCAGAUUUCUUCCAACCCAAUUCACCUCGCAUAUCACCACCGCCAUCUAUGAGUGAGAUCUCUCAGUCAGAGACUGAUAAUGGCAGUAGUGAUAUGGUAUCAACUGUGAGUUCUUACACCGUCUCUGAAAGUUCCACUACCAUCGGAAGCUCGAUCUCUUCAACGUCAACGGAAAGUCCACAUGCGGGAAAUUUCGUGGAACAACAGAAUCAAAAUCUUGAAGCAGAGGUGAGGAAACUGAGACUGGAAUUGAAGCAGUUUAAGAUGGACAAAGACACUACAAACCAAAACGAAAACUCCCAAGAAAGCCCAAGGUCAGAUGAAAAAAUAGAGCUGCCUAGAGCAUUGUCUGAGAGGGAAAAGCAGAAAAAGCAGUCUGCAAUCCAAGCCGCUGAAAUAGCAAAGCGCAUAGCGAAAAUGGAGAGCCAAAAGAUAAGAUUACUAGAGAUGCAAGCCAAUUUGGACAAACAGAAGAUGGUCACUACGGUGUCUUACAGACGUUAUAGUAUCAAAGAUGUUGAAGGUGCAACCUAUGGUUUUUCUGAUGCUCUAAAGAUUGGGGAAGGAGGUUAUGGACCUGUUUACAAAGCUGUUCUCGAUUACACUCCUGUCGCCAUUAAAAUCUUGAAGUCGGGUAUCACAGAGGGACUAAAACAGUUCCGACAAGAGAUUGAGGUUCUGAGUAGCAUGAGGCACCCUAAUAUGGUGAUCCUUCUCGGUGCAUGUCCCGAGUAUGGUUGUCUUGUAUAUGAGUAUAUGGAAAAUGGAACACUUGAAGAUCGCCUCUUCUGCAAAAACAAUACACCCCCACUUUCAUGGAGAGCAAGAUUCAGAAUCGCUUCUGAGAUUGCCACAGGACUUCUUUUCCUUCACCAGGCAAAACCUGAGCCCUUAGUUCAUCGUGAUCUGAAGCCAGCAAACAUUCUACUUGAUAAACAUCUCACUAGCAAAAUCAGUGAUGUCGGUCUAGCUCGCUUGGUACCUCCCUCUGUGUCUGAUAGCUACAGUAACUAUCACAUGACCUCUGCAGCCGGUACAUUUUGUUACAUUGACCCUGAGUAUCAGCAAACCGGAAUGCUUGGAGUGAAAUCUGACGUCUACUCUUUUGGUGUGGUGCUUCUGCAAAUCAUAACAGCCCAACCAGCAAUGGGGUUAGGCCAUAAAGUAGAGAUGGCUAUUGAAAAUAAUAAUCUGAGAGAAAUUUUGGAUCCAACUGUAUCAGAAUGGCCUGAAGAAGAGACUCUGGAGUUGGCUAAAUUGGCUUUGCAGUGUUGUGAACUGAGGAAAAAGGAUAGACCUGAUCUUGCCUUAGUUCUGUUACCAGCUCUGAACAGGCUUAAAGAGUUUGCUACAGAGGAUCAUGAACGUAUUCAGGAUAGAACAUCUCAUGUGUCACAUGAACACAAUUCAGUUCCACUUUCCCCGAUUCCUUCCUCUCAGGUUAGUUUCUUAGAACCGUUCUUUUUAAGGGAUCUUAGCUGCAAAUCGAACUUUAGGAAAUUCCACACACAUUAAGAA